AGAGGUUGUAUGUUGCUCUAAUGUUAUAACGGUUACCAAAACGUGGGUUACAGAUUUUUAGAAUAAAAAAGCAAAGCAUGUUUUAUUUCAGUUCCUUGAUUUUAGGAUCAUGACAGGAAUGCCCACACCUAUACUUUUUCAGUUAGUAAAAGCUAAUUGCUAGGUGUGGUAUCUAAGUCCUUGAGAGAGUUUCAUAGUACUGAUGAGAAAGCUAAAGCACAGAACAGUUUGAAACGAAAUGCUGGAAAGUUUAAAGGUGGCAAGUAUCUUGUUUUUCUGACUCCAAAGUCUCACCAUCAGUAGAAACUAAAUGCACACUCCUGAAUAGAGCAGUCAGGGUGGUUACUGAUUUAAAGAAUUUUGGAUCUGUGCGUGUAAUCAUUUCUAGUUUCAGUUCCAGUUCUGUGAUUUUGUACAAGUUGCUUAUCUUUUCUAGACAUAUAAACGUAAUUGAUCUCUAUGUAGUUCUGUAUUCAUUUUAAUAGUCUGUGGAUUCAUGAAUUUAAGAUCCUGAUUGUGCUAUUUAAUGACACUUUUGGUCACAUUUGGUAUGAUCAGGAAGGCCAGGUUUAUUCAAUCAAUAAAUAAGUCAUUAUACCUGGAUAUGUGCUGAGGCUGCAUACAAAACAGGACAGAUCUAAAAUUAACUUUUUGGAGUUUAUAUUCUCAUUAGAGGAGAAAGAACCAAUAAAUUAACCAAUAGCUACAAACUGUAAACAAGAAAAAAUGAGUGGGGAGCAGAUUCAAAAUAUGGUGGAGAAGAGGAUCAUGAAUUUAGAAAUUGAUAUGGAAGGAUGAGAAAGACUUGAAGUACUUGAAGUUGGUUGUUCUUUUCAUUGAGAGCUACAGAAUUAGAAGAAGUAUAAAAGAACUUAUGUUCUAGAAACUUCCAGAAGGACAGAGUGUCUGGAGCAUGGGUGACUCGGGCAAGGGGCAAGGGUACCCCUCGGGUGCAAGGGGCAGUUGACCCCUGCCAAUCUAGGUCAUGGAAUAAGCCCCUGCCACCCGCUGUUAAAUAUGUAUGAUGAACUUGAAAUAAACUUUUAUUGUAUUUAGACCUUGAGAUUUGGGGAUUUGCUUGUUACUGCAGCCUAAUCUCACCUAGCCUGCCUAAUAUACUCAUGGAGGUGGGAUCCACUUGUAUACAGGGAUUUCUAGCGCCAGACAGCUUGGAACCUUACGAAGGUGCUAUAAAAAACCCAUCUCAGGACUAAUACCCUUUCACUGUUGGGAAUGUGACAGGUGCACUCUUUCUCGUGAUGCUCUAGUUAGCUUUGUAAUUUUAUUUUCUAAUUAUUUAAUUAUGUAUAUAUUUACUUAUUGUAGUAGUAAGGAUCUAACCCAGAGUUGCUCUCCCACUGAACUACAAUCCAAACCCCUUUUUAAAUUCUUAGGCAGGGUCUCCCAGAGUUGCCCAGGCUGGCCUCACACUUGUCAUCCUGCCUCAGCUUCCCAAGUAGCUAGGAUUAUAGUGUACUGCCACAUUGUUGAGGAUCCAGGAAUAUUCACAGAAAACACUCUUUUUAAGGACCCUCCUAGUAGUACCAUCAGAAAUGUCUUCCUUAAGUGGAAAAGUGCAAACUGUUUUGGGCCCUGUGGAUCCAAGCAAACUGGGCCGGACCCUGACCCAUGAACAUUUGACAAUGACCUUUGAUUUUUGUUACUGUCCACCUUCUCCGUGCUAUGAAGCCACCUCUAAGGAACCUAUCCUGAUGAAAAACUCAUUUUGGAUUAAGCAAAACCCUUAUUGCCAUAAAGAGAAUCUUCUGUUGAAUCAGGAGACAGAAGCUGUCAAGGAAGAGCUGUUGCAUUUCAAAGCUAAGGGUGGUGGCACUGUGGUGGAGAACACGACCACUGGUAUCUGCAGGGAUGUGAAGACCUUGAAGUGGCUCUCAGAGCAGACUGGGGUCCAUGUCAUAGCAGGAGCUGGAUUUUAUGUAGAUGCAACUCAUUCUUCAGAGACCAAAGCCAUGUCAGUGGAGCAGCUUACUGGUAUCCUUAUUGAUGAAAUUCUCCAUGGAGCUGAUGGAACCACUAUCAAGUGUGGUGUCAUUGGAGAAAUUGGUUGCUCUUGGCCUUUGACUGAGAGUGAAAGAAAGGUUCUUCAUGCAACAGCACAUGCCCAGGCUCAGCUCGGCUGUCCGGUUAUUAUCCAUCCUGGACGGAAUUCAAGGGCACCAUUUCAGAUUAUCCGAAUAUUGCAAGAGGCAGGUGCAGACAUGUCCAAAACAGUGAUGUCCCACCUGGACAGGACUAUAGUUCAUAAGAAGGAGCUGCUGGAGUUUGCUCAACUUGGCUGCUACUUGGAAUAUGAUCUCUUUGGUACUGAAUUUCUUAAUUACCAGUUCAACCGAGAUAUUGAUAUGCCCGAUGAUAACAAAAGAAUUAGAAGGGUGUGUCUCCUGGUGGAUGAAGGCUACGAAGAUCGAAUUCUGAUAGCCCAUGACAUACACACAAAGCAUCGUCUGAUGAAAUAUGGAGGUCAUGGCUAUUCUCAUAUACUCACCAACAUUGUUCCUAAAAUGUUAUUUAGAGGUAUAACUGAGAGUGCCCUUGAUAAGAUACUAAUAGAAAACCCUAAGCGAUGGCUCACUUUCAAGUAAGAUGGUUGCUUAAGAAUUGGCACCUUGAUUAUAAAACUUGGAGAAAACCUUAGUGAUUUCAACCCCACUGUGCAGUAUUAAUCAGAUCUACAUAGGAUGCAAUGACUGAUUGUUUCCUUCCCAUGAGAAGAGUUUGCCUUCUCUGUAACGGGCUAUUUGCACCUGUGGGAAGCUGCAGAGCUUAAAUGAGUCCUAUUGUUUUGCUUUAAAAUAAAUACAGAAAAAAUCCUUAUUUCCAAAGAAUGAUUUAAAGUCUGUAUACCCUAAGAGCUUUAGGGUUUUUUCCUCAUCUAUCAGCUAUACUGCUUGAGAAAAUCUAAAGUAUUUCUGGUUAAAUUGCCCCCUUCUGGAGCAAUCUAAUGUUUCUUGUAAUAUUGAUGAUCCUACUAAUUAUCCUGCUGUUCUUUAAUUAAUGCUUAAUGAAUAAUAUGGCACUUUUAAAUAGCUUUUGCUUCAAGGGAAGUUAAAUUUUGAGAGUUUUUUAAUCCAAAGGAUACUGUAAUAUAAUUACCAACUCACAACCAUAAAAGUGCUUUAGAAUGUGAACUGUAUGUUAUCCACCUAUCUGUAAUAAAUCAGUUUGGAUACCUUUG